UUUCCUUUAGGGCUGGCCCCUCAUUGCUCUUACAAAUGCUCCUGGAUCUAUACUGAGAGGAGCCUUGUCUCCCUCCCUUUGUGAAGCCAACUGCCUGUGAGUUUGUAACCAUUACAGCUGUUGAUGAUGAAACAAUAAAGAAGAACCUCCUCUAAGUCAAAAAGUGCAGCUAGAGAUAAGAUUCAUUUUCAAUGCCCCUGCAGCUGCGUCUGAUGGCAUGGCCACCGCACUUCUCAGCAAGUGGGGAUCCAAGGUUGAUUCAUCGCAAAGGCCAGACACAUUCAGCAUCUGCCCUGUGCCUGACACUGUGCUAGGUGCUCGGGCUGCAGCUGCAUGCACGGAUAGGAUGGACCUAGUCCCGGAAUUCUGCUCUUGAGCACGUUCAUUGGAAACAAGAGGAUCCCCAGAGGCAGAUUCAUCAGAAAACUCAGCCUCUCCACAGUUCAAAGUACCAGAUGUUUAUUGCAGGAUGUGAUUAUCAUGGCACCUGCAUUACUGAUUCUCUUGGGGGCUACAGUGAUACUGAGAGCAGACUCACUUUCUGAUAAAAAAUCUUUACUUCUCCCACCUACCAACUUCACUAUCAAAGUUACUGGCCUUUCCCAAGUUCUUUUGCGUUGGGAAUCAAAUCCUGAUCAAGAGCCAGUGAAUAUAGAGCUAGGCUAUCAUGUGAGAAUAAAUGUUCCACAAGAAGAAGAUUAUGAAACCAGGAACACUGAAAGCAAACGUGUAACCGUUCUUCAUAAAGGCUUUUCAGCAAGUGUGCAGACGGUCCCUUGGAACGGCCAGCCCCUCCCACCAAGCCGCUGGGUUUCUGCUGAACUUAAAGCUCCACCUGGGUCUUCUGGAACCUCGAUUGUGAAUUUAACAUGUACCACAAACACCACAGUGAAUAAUCAUACUCCCUUAUGGCCAUACCAAGUUUCUCUUCACUGCUCCUGGCUAGCUGGCAAGGAUGCCCCUGAGGAUACACAGUAUUUUCUCUACUAUAGGUAUGGCUCCUGGACUGAAGAAUGCCAGGAGUACAGGAGAGACACCCUGAACAGAAAUACUGCAUGCUGGUUUCCAAAGACUUUUAUCAGCAGCAGAGGGAUUGAGGCACUCGCAGUGCAUGCUAAUGGCUCAAGCAAGCAUGCUCCAAUCAAGCCUUUUGAUCAGCUGUUUGCUCUUCAUGCAAUCGAUCGCAUUAAUCCUCCAGUGAAUGUCACAGCAGAGAUUGAAGGAACCUGUCUUUCAAUUCAGUGGGAAAAACCAGUUUCUGCCUUUCCAAUUCACUGCUUUGAAUAUGAAGUGAAAAUUUACAACACAAGGAAAAAUUAUUUCCAGACAGAAAAACUGAUGACGAAUGCAUUCAUCUCAAUAAUUGAUGAUAUUUCUAAGUAUUCCGUUCAAGUGAGAGCCACCGUGAGCUCUGUGUGCAGACAGAUGGGGUUUUGGAGCGAGUGGAGUCAACCUAUAUACGUGGGAAGUGACGACCAGAAGCCCUCCACAGAAUGGUUUCUUAUCGUGCUUAUGGCGGCCAUCUGCUUCAUCUUGUUAAUUUUCUCCUUCAUCUGUAAAACAGGUCACUUAUGGACCAGGUUGUUUCCACCAGUUCCAGCACCAAAAAGUAGUAUUCAAGAUUUCUUUGUCAUCGUCAGCUCUGAGAAAACUGUUUCCACUGAAACAGAAAUUGAAGUCAUAAGUUAUGUGGAAGACCCUGGAUUUGAGACCCUGGAAGAUUCUGUGUUUUGAUUGGCACUGCAGCAUUCUCGAAAUGAACUCACACUCACAUGCCUCAGCGAUAAGAAGAACGGGAACUGUUGUUUCUUGGCUAAGAAGAGUUCAGAAUUUACUGAACACUCAAUUUAGUUGCAAGGCAAUACACUCAGACAAAUCUUUUAAAAGUGUACAUGCCUCAUCAGAAACUCCUUGCUCACUCAGGGUGAUGGAUUAAUCUGAUCAUUCUGCCAUGUCUUUUCUCCCCACUCCACAGGGUUCCAACUCCUCACCUGCCAGUCUUUAUGAUUUACAUUACUUACCUCAAACUUUUGUACACGAGUCAGUUUUUAAGGCUGAUGUCAACUGGCAGAGCUGGUUUUACAGUUGAAGCUGCCAAUGGUAAUACUCUACUAAAAUAUCAGGAAGAAAGCAUUUUGCACCAGCCUGGAGUUAAUUAUGAACUUAGAUUUGAGAUGGUCUUUCCUAAAGCUAGAGCAAGUGGGAGCCAUGGUGGGUUGUUGUUGUUUUAUAGAAUACUUUUUGUCUCAAGUAGUGUGUUGGGGGAGUGGGGGAAGGAGAGGGAGAGAAGCAUGAUCUCAAGUUCUAUAGCUAUGAUUGAGGAAGCAUGAUUUGAAGCAAACUCAUUAAAAACAUGAAGAGCUAAUAUAUCACUCCAAACCAAAACAGAACAGGAUAUUGUUUGAGAUUGUAUUCUUGAAGACAGCAUUGAUAUUCAAGAACAUACUGAGAAAGGCAGAACUGGGUUGGGAAGGGGGCUGCCUAAUCAAGAAUGAACUUUCUGCAAGAGAUGCUUGCUUGCAAAGAUUUAAGAGCAACUCCUGGGUGCUGUUCAAGUAGUUCUGUAUCAGUCCUAGCCUUUUAGGUUCCGAAGACAUUCUACAAACAUUCCAUCAAACAUCCCAAUCUAGAGAUCCUCUUGUAGGAUGAUUUAUGCCUCCCAGAGUUGGUUUAGUCAACUGGAUUCAAUAAUGGGGCACACUGACUAACUACCAAAUACUUGCAGAGGGUGCUCUUUUGGUAACCAUCAAUUGAAACUAGCAGCAGGUUGGACCCAGAACAACAGGCAGAGCAGUAAGACAGCUGUCAGUUGUUGCCUGCUUCCAAGUAUUAUGGACUGAAUGUUUAUGCCCAUCCCCUUCUAAUUCAUAUUGAAACUAUACACCUCAGUGUGAUGGUAUUAGGAAGUGGGGGGUCUUUGAGAGGUGAUUAGGUCAUGAGGGUAAAGCCCUCAUGAAUGGGAUUAGUGCCCUUUUAAAGAGACCCCAGAGAGUUUUCUCUCCUCUGUGUAAAGAUACAAGAAGUUGGUAUUCUGAAAGUAGUAGGAGGGCUCUCCUGAGAACCCUGCCAUGCUGGCACCUUGAACAGAAAAUACCAGUCUGCAGGACUGAGAAACAAGUUUGUUAUUUAUAAGUCACCCAGAGUAUGAUACUUGGUUGUAGCAGCCUGAACUAAGAGGCCAAGCGUUAGCAACUAUGCCAGGUACUUUACACACAUCAUCUCCAAACCUGAGAAACCCACAUUGUUUGUAUUACUGCCUCCUUUUACAGGUGCAGUCACUAAGGAAAAUGCAUAAUGAAGGGUUGAAUUCCUGGCCCAAGUGAUCCCAAUAAUGCAGAGGGGACUGCUGGAAUAAAGCUGGAGUCUGGUUAGAAGUAGGACCUAGAGGGCAUAGCCCAUGGAGGUGCUGCUGCCAUCACUGGCAAAAUGUGUGAUUACCUGACUUGUACACUAUCUCUGUGAAUGGUGUUCAAGAACCUGCAUUCUUAAUGAAUAUUCUUAGGUUCUGCAUUCUGAAACUUGCUAGUGCCUUAGAAUCACCUGGAGGCAUCAUCAAAACAGAUUGUUGGGCCCUAUCCUCAGUUUGUGAUAGAGUAGAUCUGGGGUGGGGUAGAAGGUUCUGCAUUUCUACCAGGUGAUGGGGCACCUGGGUGGCUCAGUCAAUUAAGCGGCUGACUUCGGCUUAGGUCACGAUCUCGAGAUUUAUGAGUUUGAGCCCUGCGUCCGGGCUCUGUGCUGACAGCCUGGAGCCUGCUUCAGAUUCUGUGUCUCCUCCUCUCUGCCUCUCCCAUGCUCAUGCUCUGUCUCUCUCUCUCUCAAUAAAUAAAUGUUUAAAAAAUUUUUAAAAAAUGUUUAGAAAGUUUCCAGGUGAUGCUGAUGCUCGUUUCCCAGCCACACAUCACAAACAGUAGCACUGGGUAUUUCUGAUGAAUACCAAAAUUUGAAAACCAACCGUUGAAGGAAUAAGUGAUGGAAAAGUCCUGCCCCAAAUUGCCCCCUUUUGGGCUUAAUGCUCCUUCUCUGAUAUCUUUUAAACUAGAGCCUGGAAACCUAGGGUUAUGCCCACUGCCUCUGCUACGAGGCUGGAAGAGAAGAAGGACACUGUCCCCAGUUUGGCAGGUUCUUCAUUGUUGGGUGUGGUGCUCACUUCAGAGAAGCCUCCUUUGACCUUAGUGGCCAGCCAUCACCAAGGUACUGAGCCAGUACCACCAUCUGACUCUUGGUAUGUUUCAAGGCCAACAAAGUGUAGACCACCGUGGACUAUGACCUUCCUCUUCCUCACUGCUCAGCUUACGAACUCCUACCCAUGUUUUAGAAACCCAUAUCCCAUGUUUCCUUCUCCGUGAAGCCUUCAAAAAUAGACUUUUGUUGAUCCUGCCCUUGGGUUUUCAUUCUGGGCUUUUGCCCCUCUGCUGGAGCUAUUACACUGUACUUUAUAUGAUUCACAGUUUGGAUGUCUCCCCACUAGACUGUGUGCUUCAGGAGGAUGGGGGCUCAUGUGCAACUUAUGUGCAGUGUCUAGGAGUAUUGGACCCUCUUAAACCCUCUUUCAACCCUGGCACAGUUCCUUGCACAUAGUCGGAACUGAGUGAUAUUUGUCAGAGAUCACCAAGGCCUAGAAUAUCAUGGAGAGGAAGAUGGGUGUCUAAUGAGAACAUGAUUGGAAAUAACCAGGAGACACGUGUGCCUGAUCAUCUGGCUGGUGUAGCCUAGGUUCCUUUUUGCUGAUGAUGUGUCUAAGUUGUGACGUAUCAAGAGCCGUGUAAAAGAAGUUAGGCUUUGGAUGUGGCCUGUUUUGAGUGCUCUGUACAGUUUUCACUAGCCUUGUCAAGACAGAUCAGAGUGUGAACGUUCUCUUAACAGUAAAUACCCUCGUCAACAGGUUGAUUAGACAUUGGCACCCAGCUCUUUCCAUCUCCCACCAGGACAGGAUAGAGGGCCAGCUGUCUUCUAAAAAACCUUUAGUCACACGCUCAGAACAAACGCUGCUCCUCUAAGACAUCAUUUCCAGGAAGGAUUUUAGUCCAAUGUCUUUCUUUGGCAGUUGGAAUUCUCUGAGUGCAGCAUAGGGAAAGUGCUGGGAAGUCUGGAAGGGAAGUUCAGUGCGCCAACAGCACAACCAUCUGAGGCUUAUUGAAAUGCUUCAAGGCCUCAAGCUAUUUAUGCAGCCUGGGCAAGAAUUCCACAUGGGCAAAGAACAUCCUGAUUAAAAAUCCAAACGUUUUCAUGGUGAGACUUGUAUGUGUCAGGACCAUCUGUUGGUGGAAUUAAUAAACCUUAGGUGCUAAUCUGUUAAAGAAAAAGUAGGUGUCUAGAAGUGAGAACAGAGAACCAAAAACAAUCUUUGGUGGCAUGAGGUAAGGUGAAAAUCCUAAUGACAACAGGACUUCAUGUUAACCCAAGGAUCUUUGUGACAGUGACUGUGUCAUUAUUCCUGCUUCCACACCCUGCAAAUAAAGUUCCAGGAUACAAACUUUUUGAAAGCCUUUUUUAAAAGAAUAUUAUACUGAACCAUAAGACAAUCAUAUUUUUUCCAGUAUUCUUCUGUUUUAGGUAAUAUAUGAGAAUGUAAAUUCACUUCAGAAUGAGAACUGUUUAACACAGAUGACAGUGAAUUGUGUAAGUCCACAAAUUGAACAGGACUACCUUUCUCAUUCCCCCCCCCCCCAAAUAUUCUUGUUCUUUGUACUCAACAUUGUCUUUAUCUUCUCUCAGCUAGGACCAUUACAAUGCAACUAAAAUCCUGGCCUCCAGGACUGCCUUUCUUAGAAAAACCUACAUAAAAGGCACAUCACCCUACCUCACCCCCGUCCCAAGUCCUCGGAUAAUUCCAUUGCCUUCAAGUUAAAGCUCCUUUCAACACUGAGUCCCAGGGGGCUCAGCUCCUUACUAAUUCCCCAGUCACAAUCCCAAGGAGUGCCCUCCAUAACAAACACCAUGCUGUCUCUUCCCUCCAACCCUCUCUGUAAGCUUUCUCUUGUGGAAAAAAAAAAAGCCUUUUCAAUCUUUUUCUUCAUCGGAUGAUGCUUUUUUUUUUUUUUAAAGAUUUUAUUUUUAAGUAAUCUCCACACCCAACAGGGGCUUGAACUCUCACAACCCCGAGAUCAAGAGCUGUGUGCUCCACUGACUGAGCCAGCCAGGCACCCCUUAACAGUUAUCUUCUAAGUCUCAGUCCUGUGCCACCAGGAAA